GCUGGGUAUUCUGUCUGUGUGUAGUAUAUAAAAGGGGCAUCUGCGCAGGACAAGACACAGACUCGCUUCGAGACUUCAACUGGUCAACAUGGUUUCUAAGGUUAUCUUGGUUGUGUUGGGUUUGGCUGCCCUGGUUGCGUCUGACGACAGCUUCGAAAGAUACAGAUACGCUCCUCCAAGGCUCUCGUCCGCCUCCCGGGAAUCCUUCGAGUCCUUCGAGUCCGGCGAAGCCAAGUACAACUUCAACUGGGCCGUCGACCACGAUCCUUCCAGCAACGAAUUCGGACACCAGGAGGCCCGCGACGGUGAGAACACCCAGGGAUCCUACUACGUCCAGCUCCCCGACGGUCGCCUGCAGAAGGUGGCCUUCCACGUCGACGGAGAUGACGGAUACAUCGCUGAGGUCACCUACUCCGGUGAGGCUCAGUUCCCCGACUCCGACGAAUCCUUCGAGUCCCGUGAGGCUCCCAGGAGGUACUACGCUGCUCCCGACUCCAACGAAUCCAAGUAAAUCUGGAAAAGUCUCAUUCAUCCCAACAAGACGACGCUGACUAUCGUAUCACUCGAUAGAUAUUUAUAUUCGUAAUUUAUGCAAUAAAUAUUGUGAAAGAUA